AUGUCCCACGAGUUUAUCUCCAUGCUUCGCCUUGAAGUACUAGAUAUUUUCUCUCCUUCGCGUCGAGAGCUCGGAUGCCAAUUGGGGCUACAGGACAGCGCCUGCUCCGCACUCCAUAGACUACAGCCCGUAGGUCCGCAACCUCCCAUCCGCUCCGCUGCUCCUGGAAUUGGGAUUAGGGUUGUUAUAAAACCGGAGUAUAAAAUUACACCAUCGCCUCCGUUUUCUCCACACGGACAACAUGUUGGAGAGAUUUCUCAAAGUCAUUUCCACUUUGAUUUAAAAUUCGAGAGGAUUGUUUUAGCUGAAGCAGUCAAGGAAAACCCGAAUCGGAGCCGACUUGGCUUGGAAACUGUUCCUCCUAAGCCAACUGACUCAACAUCUUAUCAGAGUAAGAAUAACCAGCCACCAGGGGUAGUGCCUGAUUGUCUUCCGAAGAGGCCACUGGCCACUCAAGUUGGGACCUUGUUUGUUGUGGCCGACGCCUUUCUCAAUGGUGUGGCAUUGAGCGACAGAGCGCACUUGGUCUUGAAGAUCUUCUCUCAGGUAGAUGAUACAACAGGACUUGGACUUGUAACCGAGCUUCAAAAGGCUUUGAUAAAAUUCGAUCUGGAUAUUGAUGACAUUAGAGGGCAAAUGUAUGACAAUGGAUCUAAUAUGAGCGAGAAGCACAAAGAUGUACAAAAAAGAGUACAUGAAAUGAUUCCUCGAGCUUUCUAUACUCCAUGUGGUGCUCAUAGCCCAAAUCUAGCAUUAUGUGAUAUGGUGAAUUGUUGUUCCAAAGUUGUAUCCUUCUUCGGAGUGAUACAACGCAUCUACACAUUGUUUUUCUCUUCUACCGAGCGAUAGAAAAUCUUCAAAGAUAAUGUAUAGGGGUUGACAAUAAUGUCAUUCUCACAAACACAUUAGGAAAGUUAUGUUGAGAGUGUGAAGCAUAUAAUGGAGCAAAUUGCACAGAUAAGAGAUGCAUUACUUGAUUUGGCAAAAA